CUAAUUUUCAUAGUAACAGAACGUUAUCGAUUAUUUUUCAUUUUCAUUUUUCUUUUAUAAUAUUCUUUUUGGUUUUAUAGUAUAUCAAUGAUCGUAUAGAAUGACGUUGCAAAUGAACUUGUAAAAGAAAGUGACUUGUUUUUCGAGGAGGGGAGAAAGUGACCCAGAGAAGUUCUCAGAACUGAUCAUCAUCCUUUCAGAUCGUUUAUCGACAGUCGCACGUUGAACGUUUACAGGUAGAGAACAUAAUAUGUCUGUGUGUCUGUGCACGCGCGUCUAUUAAAAACAAUUUUUAAACGUAAUUUCAACGAUCGAAGAAUAAUAUUUUCGAAUCAAUUAUCAUUCGCGGAUAAAAUAGUAAAGGAUAUAUAAAAAAAAAAAUUAUAUGCCACGGUGAUACACGCGGAGAAAGCGGGAAAUUCCAGAGUCAUCGACGACGAUUACUAUAAAGAUCGAAAAUCAUGAGACAAUCGAAACACUUGUGUACACAUUUAUCAAUAUUUCUGAUAACAUCGUCAAUGAUCAUCACAGAUAUUUUGGCCGAGUCACCGUUAACAUCGACAAAUGACACGAACAUACUUGGAACUCGUAAAAUAGGACCAUGGAGUGAGAUUUUAGAGGAUUGGAUCGUAUCUGCAGCGAAUCCAGGUACGUCAAGAGUAUCUAAGGUAAUGAAACUAGGUGACAAAAUGUUGACGGUGUCAACAAAAGGAACACCGAAUAAGAGGGACGUUUCCGAAACGGAUAUUUAUUUGUUAGGUGCUAUCGAAAAACUUGUCUACCGGGUGGAUUACGUUGAAAAACGUUUGAGAAGAGCCGAAGAACUGUUGUAUUACGUUAUUUCUGGAUCUACCUCUAUCAAAGAUACCUGUCCAACGAAUUAUACCAGCAUUGGUCGUUAUUGUUAUUAUUUUAGUGAUCGUGAAUACGAUUGGAAAUCAUCUGCAAGUCUUUGUCGGGGUAUGGGUGGUCAUUUGGUCGAAUUCGAGACAAUUGUUGAAAAUCAGGAUGUAAUAUCUCACAUACAAGGACACGCGAAAUUAAAAGGGAAACAUUUUUGGACGGGUGGUUUGAAUCCUGGUCUUUUAUGGAUUUGGGCUGGUAGUGCAAGACCUAUACAUAAUGAUACCAAACAAGCUGUUGUUGGGAACGGCAGGUGUUUGAAAUUAUCUUACGAUAUGUCGUCGAAAAUUUAUUCUUACAAGGGGGAGGAAUGCGCGUCGAGACAAAAAUUCAUUUGCGAAUUGACCACCGAUGACGAAUCGGCGAAUAAAAUUGAAAGAACUGCACGAAUAUUAUCCGAUAAUAUUCCUUAAAUUCAAGGAUUUUUUGUGUUUU